AUGGGAAGUGAUGGCCAAGAGUGCAAGAACUUGCUCGACGUGACAGCAGUGGUGGUUCAAUUUAGAGGCAGCAAGUCUGAUCAAUUUGGAGAAGGAACAAGUCGGAGGCUGGAGCGGUCUGGGUCUAGAUGGUGGUGUCCAGUACGGGCAGCGUGGAUUUUAGUCAGCCACCACAAAACCCUUGGCAUCGCACUAGAGUCACAUUUGUGCAGUAUCGACUCGUCAACCAACUUGCAGGUGCGCGACGUGGUUAAAAUAAUUAAGAUGGCGGCAGCUAAGGCUGGGUAUCACCCUAAAUGCUUUGGGUCCCAUUCGUUACGCAGUGGUGGAGCAACGGCGCUGUUUAACGCUAAAUUCGACAGUCUUGCAGUGAAGUUGUUUGGACGAUGGAAGUCAGACGCAGUCGAGCGCUACACACGAAUUGGAAGGAGGUUAACAGGAAGAAUGGCACAACAGAUGAUAACCAAGUCAACAUCCGCGCGAAGUUUGGGGGUACCCGCCACGCCACACCCUGGCAGCGGACAGCACGAAUGA